AUACACAACACACAAACGCACACUUUUGAGAUGUAAAUUAUAAUAUAUAUAUACAGAGCCAUGAUUGGUUACACAAAUUUUUGGAACCCAAAAGACCCCUUUCAUCUCUUCUUAUUCUUCUCUCUUUAUGACAAACCACCACUUCCGAUCACAAACCAAAGCAUCCAUUUAAACUCGGCGCCUAUGAAGAACGCCAUUCGAUGCUGCAUCUCCUGCAUAUUCCCAUGUGGGUCUCUCGACGUUAUCAGAAUCGUCCAUUGCAACGGCCACGUGGAGGAGAUCGCCGGCUCAAUCCGGGCCAGUGAUAUCAUGAAGGCCAAUCCUAAACACGUCCUCAAAAAACCCUCCUCCCCCUCCGACCACGGUGUGGUCCCCAAGAUCGUGAUCCUCCCGCCGGACGCCGAGCUCCAACGUGGAAAAAUUUACUUUCUCAUGCCCCUUCCUCCAUCCCCAGAAAAGACCCGGUCCAAGAAGAAGAAGAGGGAAGCACCGGGAACCGAUGUCGGUUCGGGUAUAUCCGUGACGAAUUUGGUGGUUUCGGAUCGGUACCUGAGUGAUAUACUGUCGGAGAAAUUGUCGACGGGUCAGAAGGAUAAACGGCGGGGGCGUGUCGGAGUGUGGAGGCCUCAUUUAGAGAGCAUUUCCGAGUUCCCACCUGAUCUUUAAACUGGAAAUUCAGCUUGUUCAUUCGCCAAGGGGGUUUUUUUUUCCUUCCCGAAAUUGUUUAAUUUUCUUAAAUUUCUU